AUGUAUCUGAGGAGAAAUGAGCGACAAUUCAAGUCUUUAGUGAUGACUAUACAAUAUAAAAAAUCAUUUCCUGAUCUAGCAGGGGCGGUAAAUAAGCUCAGUGAGAGCGUCAAGAAUAUCGAGAAGAAUUUCGAUACUGCACUUGGUUUCGAAGACAAACCCGAUUCUAGUACCAGCACUGAAGCUUCGGGAUUAUGGCCAGUUAUGUCCUUUAUGGGGCAUAAAAGCGAGGAUAGUACAGUUGAAUCUUCAGAGGAAACUGUAUCUCCACAGAAAUCAUCAACUGCUGAGGAGAAAGAGACACAAAAUUCUGACACAGAACAAACCACAGCUUUAGAAGAAAAUCAAAUGCUUGACAGAAAAAAAGAUGGCGAGUAUCUGCAGAUUGCUGAGAAAAAAGAUGGUGUCAUUUCAGACUCUGGCAAAGCUGAACUCGAUCCCAAAUUGCAAUCAGAACCUAAGGCUGUCGAACCUCCUGAGCCAGUUGUCCAUGAUGUUAAAAUACCAGAUUCAGCUGAUGAAUUACAGGGGAAAGAAAUUUCGGAGGUAGGGCCUGCUGAAAAUUCAGAUACAUUGGAGAUCAUGUCAGAAGCACCCAGGGUUGAUGAAGUGGAGGCUGCUUCCAUCUUACAUAACAAGUCACAUAAUGUAUUUCAUGCCAAGAGCAUAGAUGAACAAGAGACACAAGCUGAGGAGACUGUAGAACAAAGUUCUAUUCAAGCUGAGGCAUCAACUGAUAUCCUAGCUGAAGCAUCAAGUGAUAACCGAUCUGAGGCUUCAAGUGAUACCCAAGCUGAAGCUGCAGUUGAUUCAUCCGGUUCACAGCCAAUAAUGAGUGCUGAAGUGAGUGACAUGGCCUGUGAACUCUCCCUGUCCACUGCAUCUCCCUCAAGUGAGGCUUCAGAAAUGGUUUCUGGAUCAGUUUCUAAGGUAGAUGAUGGCAAUGAUCAGACAGUAGGAGGAGACGAGAGAGUCAAUUAUGGCGAAGUUGGCAGUAAAGAGCAAUGCCUGAGCUCAGGGUUGAAUAUAUCAGACUGUAUAGAUUCCAUGCUUGAACUAGAGAAGGUGAAGACUGAGAUUAAAAUGAUGGAAACUGCAUUACAAGGUGCUUUAAGGCAAGCUCAA